UUUUGUUCACACUUAGUACUUCACACCGGUCACCGGGCAACUUCAAAGCUCCAGAGCCCUCUCCAAAUUCCAACAUGGAAGUCUUGAAACCAGGCGCGAACCAGAGAUAGUUCGUGAAAUUAUAUUGAUCUAGGAAAGAUGAUGGUUGAUUUGGGAGCCUUUUCUGACGAGAAAUUCGAUGCGAAGAAAUGGAUCAAUGUGGUCUGCCAAUCUCGGCACCCUCAAGACCCAGUGGAGAAGCACUUGGCGGAUCUGGAAAUGAAGUUGCAGAUGAUAUCCGAAGAGAUUGCUGCGUCUCUGGAGGAGCAGAGCAGUGCCUCUCUCCUUCGAGUCCCUCGUGCUAGCCGUGAUGUCAUUCGCCUCCGCGACGACGCCAUCUCUCUCCGGAAUUCUGUCACCGGCAUCUUACUCAAGCUCAAAAAGGCAGAGGGUUCAUCAGCUGAAUCUGUAGCUGCCCUUGCUAAAGUUGACACGGUCAAGCAGAGGAUGGAAGCUGCAUAUAAGACAUUGCAGGAUGCUGCAGGAUUGACACAAUUGAGUGCAAGUGUUGAGGAUGUUUUUGCCAGUGGUGAUCUACCGCGGGCUGCAGAAACCUUAGCGAACAUGAGACAUUGUUUGUCUGCCGUUGGUGAGGUUGCAGAGUUUUCCAAUGUUAGAAAGCAGCUUGAAGUCUUAGAGGAUAGGUUAGAGGCAAUGGUUCAACCUCGUCUUUCUGAUGCUUUAUCCAACCGCAAGGUUGAUGCUGUUCAAGAUUUACGGAAUAUCCUGAUUCGAAUUGGAAGGUUCAAGUCUCUAGAGCUGCAGUACACAAAAGUCCACCUAAAGCCAAUCAGGCAACUUUGGGAAGAAUUUGAGUCCAGGCAGCGAACUGCUAAGCUUGCAAGUGAGAGGCAUGAUGGUGAACCACUAUCAAAUGUUACUGAGUCUCAAUCAGCUUUGUCUGUACUUUCAUUUUCCAGUUGGUUGCCAAGUUUCUAUGACGAAGUGCUACUCUAUCUUGAACAGGAAUGGAAGUGGUGUAUGGUUGCUUUUCCUGAUGACUAUAAAGUUCUUGUUCCAAAGAUACUGAUUGAGACAAUGGUGGCACUUAAUGCAAGCUUUGUUUCUCGUAUCAACCUUGCAACUGGAGAUGUUGUUCCUGAAACAAGAACACUAGCUAAAGGUGUACUGGAUAUCUUAUCUGGAGAUAUGCCUAAAGGUACUAAGAUACAGACUAAGCAUCUUGAGGCACUGAUAGAACUGCACAAUAUGACUGGUACUUUUGCGAGGAAUAUCCAACACUUGUUUUUGGAAUCUGAUCUCCAGGUUUUACUGGACACAGUGAAGGCCAUCUAUUCUCCUUAUGAAUUAUAUAAACAGAGAUAUGGACAGAUGGAACGUGCUAUCCUCUCUGCUGCAGUAAUAGGUAUAGAUCUUAGAGGAGCAGUUGCUCGUGGUGUGGGUGCCCAGGGUAUUGAGCUCAGUGAAACAGUUCGGAGAAUGGAGGAAUCCAUUCCGGUUGCCAUUGUAUUUCUUGAAGCAGCAGUAGAGAGAUGCAUCAACUUUACUGGAGGUUCUGAAGUGGAUGAGCUUAUUCUUGCACUUGAUGAUAUUAUUUUGCAGUAUAUUUCUACUCUGCAAGAUACACUAAAAUCCUUAAGAGCUGUGUGCGGAGUGGAUAUCCUUGGUGAAGGUGCUGGUGCAAAGAAGGAUAGCUUGGAUAAAAAAGAAUCAAUUCACAAUGCACGCAAAAUUGAUACAGUCUCAGAUGAGGAAGAGUGGGCUAUUGUCCAAGGGGCAUUACAAAUACUUACAGUUGCAGAUUGCCUAACUAGCAGAUCCUCAGUUUUUGAAGCUUCGCUGAGAGCUACUCUUGCCAGGAUCAGCACAAGUUUGUCACGUUCUAGAUUUGGUUCAAUAGUAGACCAAAACCAAUCUUCUGCAAAUAAUGAUGGUCCAAAUGGGGAAUUAUCCUUGGCUGGAAGGGCUGUUUUGGAUGUAGCAGCUGUGCGCCUCAUUGAAGCUCCUGAAAAAUCUAGGAAACUCUUUAACCUUUUAGAUCAGUCAAAGGAUCCUCGGUUUCAUGCACUUCCACUUGCAUCUCAGAGAGUAGCAGCCUUUGCAGAGAUUGUUAAUGAACUUGUCUAUGAUGUCCUCAUAUCCAAGGUACGGCAACGUUUGAGUGAUGUGUCUCGGUUGCCAAUCUGGUCUUCAGUGGAGGAGCCUAGUGCUUUCCCUCUCCCCAGCUUCAGUGCCUAUCCUCAGACCUAUGUGACUAGCGUUGGUGAAUAUCUUCUUACCCUACCUCAACAACUAGAGCCACUUGCAGAGGGCAUCUCUAGCAGUGAUGCAAAUGCUGAUGAAGCACAGUUCUUUGCAACUGAAUGGAUGUUCAAGGUUGCCGAAGGUGCUGUAGCAAUUUACACAGAACAGUUGCGAGGAAUUCAGUAUAUAACUGAUCGAGGAGCACAGCAGCUUUCUGCUGAUAUCGAGUAUUUGAGUAAUGUGCUGUCAGCUUUGUCCAUGCCAGUUCCUCAAGUCCUGUCUACGUUCCACACCUUCCUCUCAACUUCAAGAGACAAGAUCCAGGAUCUCCUGAAAUCAGAUGCUGUUAGUCAGCUUGAUCUUCCAACUGCCCACCUUGUGUGUAAGAUGCGGCGUGUGACCCUAGACCAAUGAUUCUUUUCUUCUCUUUAACAGUAAAACAAAGUUUUGCCCAAGGCCACUUGGAUAUGAUUAAUUUUCUUCUUUUGCUGAACAUAGGACAGUUCAUGAUAUUCUCAUCUAGUAUCUGCUGUCAGUUUGUGUAAUGUAUUCUUGCUUUACUUGUAGAAUCAAUGUUGUGAAGUGCUCAACACCCCUUCACUUUGAAGUAAAUAGUAAAAAUACAACUUUAAUGCCGCUUUUCACCAACAGAA